AUGGAGCUCUUCCUCUGUCCCUCCUGUCGCCUGCUUCUCUGGGACCCGGUGACGGUCUCCUGCGGCCAUUCCUUCUGCAGGAGAUGCCUGGGCGAAACCUUGCCUUCCGAGUGCCGCCUCUGCGGCGAGAAACUCGGACUCCUGGGCCCGCGGACGCCGGGCUCGAACGUCCUCCUCGGGAACUUGCUAGAAAAGGGCUUGGAUCCGGCCGCCAAGGUGGCCCGGUUGAAAAGGGACCUGCAGGAGCUGGUGAGCAACAGGGACUUCCAGGAAGCGCUGAGGACACUUCAGAAGGGAAUCGACUUGGCUCCAGAUGAUCUUACAUUAAGGGUGUGCAGAUCAGAGCUUUAUGUGGCUUUACAGCAGUAUGAAGCGGCUCUUGAGGAUUUGGAGAUUCUAUGCAAGCAGAAGCCAGAAGAAUGUGAAGGCUUUUUUAGAAAAGGGAAAGUGCUCUUGGACUUAGGGAAGCAAUCAGAGGCCCUGCUGCAGUUUCAACACUGCCUUACACUGAACUCCAGUUUCCAUGCUGCUCAAUAUGAAAUAGAAAAGAUUCUCACAAAUGAUGCCUCCCCUACUCCUGGUACUGUUAUGGAGUUGAAGAACAAUGGUAGCCAGAACUUGGAAGAUUGUAAUUCAAGGGAACAAUUGACUUUUCCUGUGAGUUUUGAAGAAGAACCCCUACCGGAUAUGAAGAAAGAAAAAGCAAUUUGGCUGGAAGGAACUAUGCCUGAUCAUAGCCAGGCAGCACUUCCCAUGUCUCAAUGGAUGAGGGAAAAAUUCAGAUCAGAUCUUUCUGCAAAUGAAGAAGAUUUGGAUGAAGAGGAGGCCUCAUCAAAGACAUCAGGAAUUAGAUCACCAGAUACAAAACCUAUGAAAGACUAUUGUCCAUGCUUCCUGGGCUUCCUGACUACAUCAGACUUGGAAUGUUCUCUUUGUAUACGUAUGUUAUAUGAACCUGUCACCACCCCAUGUGGCCACACUUUCUGCAAAGAGUGUAUGGAGCGUUGCCUGGACCACCGACCCAACUGCCCACUUUGCAAGCAAAGCCUGGGAGAGUAUCUGAGAGCUGGAAAAUACAUGACUACCAUUCUGCUUGAAGAAUUGAUGACUGCAGUCUUCCCCUCACAGCUGGCAGAAAGGAAACUGGUCCACCAAGCUGAAAUGGUAGAACUUUCAAACCUAAACAAGAAUAUCCCCAUCUUUGUGUGCACCAUGUCAUUUCCAGGUCUUGUAUGUCCUCUACAUGUGUUUGAACCUCGCUAUCGACUCAUGAUGCGAAGAUGUCAGGAGACUGGCACAAAGAUGUUUGGCAUGUGCAUGUAUGACAAUGGAAAAAACUUUGCUGACUAUGGCUGUAUAUUGGAGAUUCAGAAAAUAGCAUUUUUUCCUGACGGACGAUCAUUGGUGGACACUAUAGGCAAGAGGAGGUUUCGAGUUUUGAGACGAGGGCAUAGAGAUGGCUACCACACUGCAGAUAUUGAAUAUUUGGAAGAUGAGAAAAUGGAAGGAGAAGAACAGACGGAGCUCCAGAAUUUGCAUGAUUGUACCUAUGAGCUAACCCAGAGAUUUUAUGAACAUGGGGGCAGAACAUUUAGACAGCUUGUGAUGCAUCAUGGACCACUUCCUGAAAAAGAGGAAGACAUACAGGCAUUGCCAGAUGGACCAGUUUGGUGUUGGUGGCUUAUAUCUGUCUUGCCCCUUGAGUUGACCCACAAAUUGACUAUUUUUUCUGAAACUUCCCUGAAGGCACGACUUACCCAACUAAAGCAUAUUCUGAACAUUCUUCUGGAAAGUCGUGACUACAGCAACUAAUAUUUAGACGUGCCACAAGGAUGUUUUAGAUAACAUAGAAGGCAGAGAAGUGGGCAGUUCCGGGGAAGAAAUGGCAAACUGAAGACCGCUGGCAAAAAAAUGGAACUGACAACCACAGAGGAGUGAACUGGUGAAUUGACCAGCUCUUCAUAAUUCUUCUCCAGCCAAAGAGAGGAUUUGAGAUUGCCCACAAGUGCUCUAUACAGUUGCUCCUCACAAUGCCAGUGUGGUGCCCUCCAGAGGUCCUGGGACUGCAAUUCCUAGAAUUUCCAGCCAUCACCGUGACUGGGAAAUUCUACCAGUUGUGAUCCCAGCACAUCAAGUGGAUGCCAAGUUAAGGUGGUCAAAGCCUUAACGUCUUUAUUUCCCUUUUUAUUGUGAUUAUUUUGUUACUGUAAAACUGACUUCAGCUAUAGUCCUUGAGUGAGAACCCUGAAACCGUUCUGCAGUUGUAGCAAGAUUUACUACAGUAGUAUCUAGUAGUAGCAAGAUUUUUUGAAUGGGUUUUGGACUGACAGGGCUAGAAGAUUCAGUAGUAAGAUGAGAAUUGUAUUCAAGUGAACACAUUUCUAAGCAUCUUACACCCAGGAGAAUAGGAAAUAAAAGUACAAAUGCUGGGACUUUCCUGAGAAAUUUUGCCUUAUAUCACAUAUUGAUGUCUGCAUGGGACUAUUCAACAUAUUCUUCAAAAUGUAUGAUGUCCUUUCCAAUUUAAGUAACUCACUGCUAUUGAUUGUAGGGUAAAAGCCAACUCAGAAAUGAGUAACAUGACAAAAGGGCUGAUUUUCUUUCCUGUAUUCUAUUCUGAUUGCUAUUUAAUGCUAUUUAAUUCCAAAAGGGAUCAGUUACAAUGAUGUAUGCUGCUGAAGAAGGUAGAUUAGAAUACUUCUAUAAUAUGAUAAGAAAGUUAUAAAACCUACACUGUGAACAGAUAACGUGUAGAUGUUCAGGAAGUACAAUGAUUUCUCACCAUUGCUAAUGCUGUCUAGUGUUGGUGGGAGUUACAGAACAUCUGGAGAGCUAUACUUUCUCACCCAUCUGAAGCAGACCGUUUUAAAGAUUUAAUUCACAGAAAAUGCCUAAAGGGAAAACUGAAAACGAAAAUGAAAUUGUGGACAAUUCCCAUGGGAUAAAGUGAAUUGCUAGAGGACUAACUAUGUAUAAUUCAGGAAUUAUUCUAGGUUUCAAGAUGGCAGAGUAUUCAUCUGAGCCAAUCUGCUGCAUAAUUGUACGUGCUGCUAGGCAAAUUACCACGAAUAUAAAAAGUUGGAUAUACAUGUAUAUAAUAUGAACUGAGCACAUGUACACAUAAGUUUAGUAUAGGGAAUGUCUGACUAGUUCAUGAAAGAUCAAUCAUUUGUUCAUGUUUAAGAAGACAUGGGAUUUUUAAAACAAUAGUUGCUAAAAUGAUUGCUUUGUAAAAUUUGCCAAAGAUUAGAAUUAUUCUUAAAUGAAAUGUUUUUGUGCUCCAACACCAAGAAUAUGGAUUCUGAGAAUGAACAACACUGUACAAUACAGAUAGUCCUUGAUUUAUGACCAUAAUUGGGACUGGAACCUCUGUUGGUAAGUGAUGCGGCCAUACAAUUUCCCAGUUUUAUGAUCUUUUUUGCAGCAAUUGUUAAAUGUAUCCAACUUCCCCCAUUGACUUUGCUUAUUAGCAGCUGACUGGGAAGGUGGCAAGUGCGGAUCCCAUGACCCUGGGAUCCUGCAACUGUGAUAAAUAAAUGCCGGUUCUCAAGCACCCAAGUUACAGUCACAUAACUGGGGAAAGUAAUGGUUAUAAUAUGAGGACCGGUCAUAAAUCAUUUUUUAAAGUACAGUGGUAACUUCAGAUGGUUGCUAAACAAAAGGUCCUAAAUUAAGGAGUAACUGUAUUCUUUUUUUUUUUUUUGCAGAUUUUAAACCUGCUGUGAUAUAUAGCUGGGUUGGCUUUUAAUUGUAUUUAAAUUUGUACCUAAUAGUGCGCCUGAUAACAAUAUAUUGACGUAAUUUAAAAUUGGCUUUUCUCUGCUAGUCAGAAAGAAUUAAAAUACUGUAGUAAGGCAUAUGCUACAUUAUUAUUUAAGCUGCUGCUAUCUUGUGCUACUGCUGGUUUGACUGUUAAGUGGUUUAAGAAAAUGCUGUCCAGACUCAGAUACUUUGUCAACAAAUUGUAAAAUAUUCAAUCUGGACUACAGGUUAUCAUGUCUUCCCAUUGGACAAUUCCUCUUGUGCCCUUCCACCUUUCUGUAUCAGGCAAACAAUGGCCAUUUUUCUUUCUCUGGGUGGAUCAUCUUAAAGAGAUAUAUUAAAAAUAUAUCUUGGAGAGACUUGGACAGAGCAGAGCCAGGUUUUAAUCCUUCUGUAGGUAUAAAAACUGGGUCAAUGUCUUUGGGCAUCACUGUCAACUCACUCAGGAAAUUGAAAACAUCUAUCUACCAAUCCACAAUGGCCAGUAUGAUGACUAAUAACCUUCAAUGAAGAGACCUUCAUCCUGCAGUGAAUUGCUUUGGGAUAAUAUUACACACACACACACACACACACACCAAACAAACACACACAUACAUCCUAAAACAUCAAAGGAGGAAGACUUUCACUCCAGCCUCUAAAUGGCCUGUAUGUUAAUAUGGCUACUUAAUUGCUGAGUGUGAAGGUUUUCUACUUCAAAUAACAAAUUAAUGAAAUGGUGGAACUAUUAAUGAGAACAGAUAAAUAAAUCAAAUGGAAAUGGGGGAAGCUUGGAAAAACCAACAGCUUUUAAAAAGUGCAGUUUUCUUUGAGGUGUCAAACCAGCAACAUUGUGAAUUAGCAAGACAAUUGUUUCACUGAUUAUACUGUAGUUAACAGGAUAACAAGAAAAGUUUGAAAGCUAUUAGAACUAAUGCUAAGGAUUAGUUCAAUUGAAGAAAUGGUCCUUCCUCUGCAGAGUAUCCAGUGAACUGUUGACCUUCAGCUGCAGCAAAGUAAAAGCAUCUUGGCGCAAAUAGAAAGGAACAAUCGCACCAACAUGGAGAAAAAAUGUAUAUAAUUUAUGUUUUUUAAAAGUAAAGUUGGGGGGGGGAGAAAUGGAAACGAUAUAUUUUCUCCCAUUAAGGUCUUUUGCUUGCCUUAAAUUACCGCGUUGGAGGUUUUUUUUUGUACUAUAAGGGAAGAGGAAUUCAACUGCCAAAUAAGGGGCAUGUGGUCCAUAUGCUUUUUCCCCAUUUUGCAUUUUUCUAUAUUUAUUUGGAACCGUUGGGAUAGAUUAUAAAUGUUGAAUAGAAUUUAGGUUUCUUUCAACCUUUAUAUCCUAUCCUUGUGAUAAUAGGCAUCUGAUAUUUAUAGGGCAUAAUGGAGAUUUAAUAGAUUUUUGGACUAUUUUAUCGUGCUACCACCAGCUGCUUAUUUCUCUGCUUGCUUCCAGAUGUCAUCUUUAUAACUCACUUGUGUUGAACUCAUUCUUUUGUAUAUUGUGCCUCCUCAGAAUAAUGAGCUUCUCUAAUUUAAAGAUAUAAAAUGGUGUUGAAGGGAUGGGGCAAAAUUGCAUGUUUGCAAUUUGUAUUUACUUCAUGUGUUAUGAAAUAAAAUACUGGUUGGAA